AUGGACGAAACGGAGGAUUUAUCGCCAUACAUGCAGCAACUGGAGCUUUUCCGCCGCAGUGAUUUCACUCGUGAUCAGAUGAUCCAGGAUCUACUUACUCGCCACGGCCAGCUUCAGCAAGCCUACCGCGAAAAGUGCGAUGAUUACAAUAAUGAGCGCGAAUCGCGCCGGAUGUGGCAAACCAAAGCCAAUAAUCUGGGAAAGGACGUAGUUGCUCUUAACAAGUCGAAUGAUUCUAAUCCAUUUGUCUUUGUCAUAAUUGACGGCGACGGUGCCGUCUUUCAAGAAUCCUUACUGAGAAGGGGUGCUGAAGGAGGUGCCGAAGCCGGCUAUCUCCUGUCGACAGAGAUAAAGAAUUAUGUUACCGAGGCCUACCCCGAGGCUGCCAGCGAAGACUGGAACAUAAUCGUACAAGUAGUCCUCAACAUGGACGGCCUCGCAAAGAAGCUCCAUGCCUCUGGUAUCAUCCCCUUCACCACUUCAGAGCGAACCCUCAUAGAGUUCGGUCGCGGCUUUGGCCGCGCACAGCCUCUAUUUAGCUUCAUCGACGUCGGCUCAGGCAAGGAGUCGGCUGACCACAAGAUCCGCGAGAUGCUUCGUAUCAUGGUCCGCAUCGGCCAGUGCAAGCACAUCUUCUUUGGCCCUUGCCAUGAUAACGGAUACCUCCCGGUCCUCGAGCCGUACAAGCUAGACGAUAAGGUGGCUUCAAAGUUCACCCUCAUCGAGACGACACCCGCCGAGGAGGGCUUUAAACAGCUCAAGUUUCACAGAAUUAUCUUUAACUCUGUCUUUAUGUCGGAAAAGCUUCCUGACAGAGUCCAACGACCGGGCAUAAGCAUGCUUCCCCCUCCCCUCUCCUCUGCACCAACCGUCACCACCCCCGGAGCCACUAUGCCGCCCACCGGUCCGACCCACACCAACUCCGCCAACAACGGCGCUCCCCCAGGACCGACCGAGCCAUCUCGCGUCACCAGCCCGCUCUCCAGCGGCUCGCAGACGCCCGCGUCUUCUUGGACUACUACACUGACGCGAGUCUCAACGGCGCCCAAACCCAUCGACAUCUUUACCACAAAGAAGACGCCACAACCGAAAUACUACCUGAUGAACGCCGACAGCCAGCGCAUCGACGAGCCACUGCCAAAGCUCGACUUCGUGGUAGAGAAGAGGUUCAACGCCCGCAUGGCGGAGACGGGCAAGAAGUUUUGCAACAAUUACUACCUCCAGGACGAGUGCAAGAAUCCAAUCUGUCCUUACAUUCACGGCGAUAAGCUUAGCGCCAGCGAGAUGGUACUAUUGAAGCAAAAGGCUCGCGGCAUCCCCUGCAGUCUGGGCUCCGAAUGCGACGACAUAAACUGUACACUCGGCCACCACUGCAGAUGGCUUAAGGACUGCAACCAUAGCUACUGCCGCUUCCAGGGCUACCACGACAUCAACCCCAAGCCGAGAGUCAAGUGCUUUGAGGACGGCAGUAUGAAGAUUAUUGAUAAGCUCUAA